CCUAAAGUUGAGGUUAAAGAAGAGAUAAAAGAGGAGGAUGAUAAGGAUGGGGUGAUGAAGGAAGGUCACACCAUCCCCCACCAUCAUCAGGGUGAAGAUCUGAUAGAUAUAAAAGUUGAAGGUAAUUCAGAAGAAGAAGAGACGUAUGUGAGGGAUGAUCAGCAGUCUAUGGAGGAGGAUGGAAUAACGGGGACAUUCAUAGAGGAGGACACUCCUACAGAGAUCAGCACAGGACCCGCCCUCAAGAAACCCACAAAGGAUCGUUUCACUUCACCUCCAGAUUGUAAAAGAUGGAAAAUGGAAGAUGAGGAAAUCACAGCAGAUUGUUUUCACGGAGAAAAGUCUAUGGAGGAGGAUGGAAUAACGGGGACAUUUAUAGAGGAGGACACUCCUACAGAGAUCAGCACAGGACACGCCAUGGAGAAACCCUCGAAGGAUCGUCUCACUUUAUCUCCAGGUUGUAAAAUAGAAGACGAGGACAUCACAGGAGAUUGGGGAGGAGGAAAGACAAUGAGCUCCACUAUGGAUGGAGGACUUCACAGUGUGGAUAGACCAUGGAGUCCCUCCGACUCUGAGCAACCUCGUACCGUGGGGGGCGGUGCCGGAGCUCAGGGGGAGAAGAGAUUUUCCUGCGACGAGUGCGGGAAAAGUUUUCAACGGAAUUCGCUGCUUGUCAGACAUAAAAGAUCUCACACUGGGGAGAAGCCGUAUUCCUGCGCUCAGUGUGGGAAAUGUUAUUCGCAGAAAUCGCAGCUCGUCCGCCACGAAAGGUGUCACACAGGCGAGAUGCCGUAUUGCUGCUUCGAGUGCGGGAAUUGUUAUCCCUUGAAAUCGGAACUCGUCACCCAUCAAAAGUCGCACUCGAUGGAAAAUGCGUAUUCCUGCCCUGAGUGCGAGAAGAGUUAUCCGCAGAAGUCGCUGCUAGUCAGACAUCAGAGAUCUCACACCGGGGAGAAACCGUAUUCCUGCCAUGAGUGCGGGAAAUGUUUUGCACAGGGCUACCAUCUCUACAGACACCAGAAGUCUCACACGGGCGAGAAACCGUUUUCUUGUCCUGAGUGCGGGAAAUGUUUUACACAGGAGUCCCAUCUUUACAGACAUCAGAAAUCUCACACGGGGCAGAAACCGUAUUCUUGCCUCGAGUGCGGGAAGAGUUUUCCACAGAAGUUUCAUCUUGACCGACACCUGAGAACCCACACGACCCUCGAGUGAUCAGUGUUGAGUGCAAGGCUUGCCCUGAUUGGCUAGAGUAAGGGGGGGGCAAUUCAUUACAGAAAAAGUCCUUUCUACAGUAGAGUCUGAUCUUCCCCCAGUGGUGUCACUCGGGUUGGUGUCACCCGGUGCAGUAAAACAUGGCGUCCCUCCCCCCACCCCAGUAAGGCACUCAGCAGGCUAGUGCAUUGGCAAGGCUCCUCCCCCAUUAACAUCCUCAGUGACCCUAUUACUGUCCUAACUCCCCCCCCCAAUAAUGUCCUUGGUGCCCCCAGUACUGUCCUCAGUCCCACCCAAUAAUGUCCUCUGUGACCCAAGUACUGUCCUCAGUCCCACCCAAUAAUGUCCUUUGUGACCCAAGUACUGUCCUCAGUCCCACCCAAUAAUGUCCUCUGUGACCCAAGUACUGUCCUCAGUCC